AUGCCUCAAGGGCAGAAACAAGAGAAGAUCUCUGAUACGGUGAAGUCCGUUGGACUCAGCCCAAGCCAGAUGGAGCACCUUGUGAUGGCAUAUCUAUGCAUGGAAAAGCCCAAGGUUGACUGGAAGAAGCUUGGCGAGUUUUGCAAGGUUACACCUUCCUCUGCUAGAACUGUCUUUACCAAGAGCCGACGAUGCCUCGAGAGAUGGGAGGAUCAGAGAACCGCCGGGGCAGCUACCAAGGAAGCCGAAGAAACCGAGGAAGCCGGAGAAGAUGAAGAAGUCGAACAAACCGAAGAAACCAAGCAUGAGGAGGACGAUAACGAGGACUCUGUGGAGGCUGUGGAGGCUGCACUCGCCAAGGAUCCUAAGAAUUAG